AUGGUUUGCACGGACUCGCCCCCGUUGGCUCCUGACCACGCCAUCAUGGGCUCCUCCAUGUCCACGCGCGGCCAUGCACACCCUGGACCGGGGCUGUUGGUCUAUGGCCUCACCCGCCCAGAGCUGCCCUUGCCUAUCCCUGACCUUGUCCAGCUGGGCCCUUCCUUGCCACUGCAGGGUCUAAUGUGCUUGGAGUUGCUGAUGUCUGCCUGGGGCAUCAGCCGCCCUGAGUUGUCUUUAUCAGUGCCAGACUACACUGUGACAGGCAGCUUUCUGCCCUCGCGCGGGCUUGCACGUCCAGGCCUGGUCUCGUUGGCCUAUGGCUUGGUGCGACUGGACUCGUCGCCUCUGCCGCUGGACCCUUGUCACGUCGGCGCCCCCUCGCCAAUGCAGAGCUCCUCUCAGCUGGGUUUGGCCUUGUCCGCUUACGGCAUUGCCAAGCUGGCAUCCCCACUGCCAGUGCUCGACCUUGUGCAGCUGGGGCCCAUUUUGCCCUCGAGGGCGUGGAUGCGUUUGGGCCCGGCCUGCUCGGCCUACGGCAUGGCGCGGCUUGGCUUUACCUCGCCAGUGCUUGACUCUGUCCACUUGGGGCCUGUGAUGCCGCCGCGGUAUCAUUUGCAACUUGGCUUUUCUCUGCUGGUGUACGGCAUGACUUGCUUGGGCUCAUCCCUUUCGGCCUUGGACUUCGGGCACUCCGGCCCGCCGCCGCCCUUGCGAUCCCACGCGCGGCCUGGCUUCAUGAUGCCGGCCUAUGGCUUGAGCUGUCCAGGAGCUCCAGCGCUGACCUUGGACUUUGUGCUCUUUGGCUCUCCUCUGUCGCCUCGGGGCCUCGCGCGACUGGGCUCGCCCUUGUCGAUCUAUGGCAUGUCUCGCACAGGCCCACUGCUGCCGGUGCUGGACUUCCUUCACCCAGGCGCCUUGUCGCCCCUGCGCGGCUACACACAGCUGGGCCCGACUCUGUCGGCCUAUGGCAUUUCUCGGCUUGGCUCCCUCUUGCUUGCGCUGGACCUUGUGCACAUGGACCCGCUUUUGCCUCCGCAGGGCUACGCACGCCUCGAAUUGCCCCUGUUGGCGUCUGGCAUGACGCGCCUGGGCUUGUUACUGCCGGUUCCGGACCUGAUCUCGCUUGGCUCUUUCUUGCCGCUGCGGUCCUUCAUCUGGCCAGGGCCCAUGCUACCGCUCUACGGCACGGCCACUACGGGUCCUUUGCUGCUGGCUUUGGACUUCAUCCGCACCGGCCCGGCCACGUUUCCGCGCAGCUAUUUGCACCCAGGUUUCACACCUCCAGUCUUUGGCUUGACGCGGCCGGGCCCUCCCACGCCUGCCCUGGACCUUUUGCAGCCAGGCGCCUUGUUGCCUUUGCAGGGCCCUUCGUGCCUGGGUUUGUCACUCUCCAUCUACGGCAUGACUCAGCCGGAGCCCAGCCUGCCAAUCUUGGAGUUCCUCAGCGCUGGCCUCACCCUGCCCCCCAGGAGCCUCAUGCACAUCGGCUCCACGACACCUGCCUUUGGCAUCACCUGUCCCGGCCCGCCGCCGCCGAUCUCGGACUUCGUCCACUCGGGCCCAGUGCUGUUGCCCAGGGGAUCCAUGCAGCCCGGAGCCUUGAUGUCCAUUUGGGGCAUGUCGCGACUGGGCUCGCCAUGCUCAGCGCCUGAUCCCAUCAGUCUUGGCUUGGUGCUGCUGUUGCACGGCCUCAUUUGA